AUGAUUGCUCCGUCACCCGAAACCAUCCCCGUCGUCGACUUCUCCCGGUUUUCUACCGAUCUGCCUUCCCUCGCGCGGGAAAUCAAGGACGUCUGCGCAACAUGGGGGUUUCUGUACCUCAGCAACCACGGCUUGCCACAGUCAAGCAUCGAUCGCAUGUUCGACAUCAGCGCGACCUUCUUCAAAACCACCCCUCGCGAGGAGAAGUCCUCGACGCCCUGGAGCAGCAUCGUCAACGCCGGAUACGAUGCGAAGACCGGCACCGAAGGAUAUUUCAACGAGCACGGUGCCAAGGAUCGCGUGUCGGCUGUGGACGAGAAGGAGGUAUUCGUGAUUCGGAAGCAGGCGUCUUAUGACCAACCUAUGCCGCCCUCUUUGAAGAAAUUCAACCCUGAGAUUCAGGCGUUCAUGGGAGAGCUGCAUGAGAAGAUCGCCGUCCCGUUGCUCGCAUGCCUUGGGGUUGGCUUAGGUCUAUCCGCGGACCGUCUUCCCCAGAUCCAUCAGCAUGAAAAUCCGUCGAUGACCACCCUUCGUCUCAUCCACUACCCAGCCCUUCCACCCAGCGACACCGCCAAAGUCCGCCUGGGUUCACACACAGAUCAAGGCGUGAUCACGAUCCUCUUCCAGAACCUUGUCGGCGGCCUCCAGAUACGACCUCCAAAAUACACGGGUCCUAUCAAGGAUGAUGAGAUAUGGCUCGACGCCCCCGUCAUCCCGGGCGCGGUGCUCAUCAACAUCGGCGAGACAAUGACCUUCUUUUCGGGUGGACUCAUGAAAUCCACGCUGCACCGCGUCACUCGGUCCCCUCUGCCCGAAGACCAGGGCAAAGAGAGGUUCUCGAUGGCAUACUUCUGCCACCCCAACAUCGAUACGUUGCUGGAGGUCCUUGAGGGGAUCAAAGGGGAGGAUGGCAAGGAAAUUCAAAGGAAAGAGCCGCCGAUCAGCUGUGUUACGGGUCAAAAGGUCAGGACCGUCAAGGAAUGGAUCGAGCACAGGCAUUCAAUGGGCCGUUUGGAGAAGGUUAAGUGA